AUGACCUCCGCCGCCUGGGACCGCGAAAAGGAACUUACAGAGUGGGCCGAACUGCUCAAGCGCGCAGCCACCACCGAAGAGGGUGAUUUAAUCGCCACUGAAAACCAUUUCAACUCGCCCAUCCUCUGUCUACCGGGCGAGAUCCGCAACGAAAUCUACAAAUACAUCUGUCGUUCGUCUACAGUCAGGUACGGAAAGGAGUACGAUGAGCGCUCCGAAGGUCCUGUAACCGCUUGUCGAUUCACCCAAACCUUCCUUCUCACUUGCAAACAAUUCUACUCUGAGGCCAUCACACUCAUGUAUGGUCUCGCGACAUUCGAAGUGUCCAGUUACGAGGAAUGGCUUUCUCGCAAAAGUCUCAACUCCAAGUAUUGCAGCCUCAUCACCUCGCUGUCUGUUGACUCUCACGUCGUAUCAACAGCGAUGAGGAUGACUCAGGGAGGUACCUACGAAGAGUAUGAAGAGGACUUGCAUCCAAAGCAUAUGCCUGGGAAGUAUUUCUCUGGCGUGGAAAGGGUACAUAUAGAUAGUCCUGAUUGGUUGGGUGACUCUACAAGAGACGUGCUGAGGAAGUGGUUCGAAAAGGAGGACUUACAGGUCACUGGCGACGAGGUUCCAGAAAGAUAUCUCUCAGGACGCCGUUGA